UUCUUCAUCUUAUUUAGGCAGCAAACAAAAUAUAUAUAUAUAAAAAAAAAAGAGAGAGAGAGAGAUACUGAGUGGUUGGAGAAUGGCAUCUCUCAGAAUUCCUGCGACUAUUCCUCUUCCUGAAGAAGACGCCGAGCAGCUCCACAAGGCCUUUAAAGGAUGGGGAACCAACGAAGGGAUGAUCAUAUCAAUCUUGGCUCACAGAGAUGCAAUGCAACGCAGCUUCAUCCGCGCUGUUUAUGCUGCUAACUACAAUAAGGAUCUUCUCAAGGAAUUGGACAAAGAGCUUUCCGGUGACUUUGAGAGAGCUGUGAUGUUGUGGACUCUUGAACCAGCGGAGAGAGAUGCGUAUUUGGCCAAGGAAUCUACCCAAAUGUUCACCAAGAACAUUUGGGUUCUAGUUGAAAUCGCGUGUACUCGACCAGCGCUUGAUUUUUUCAAGGCCAAGCAAUCAUACGAAGCUCGCUACAAGACAUCUCUCGAGGAGGAUGUUGCAUACCACACAUCUGGAGAUGUUCGAAAGCUAUUGGUUCCUCUCGUUAGCACCUUCAGGUACGAUGGAAAUGCUGACGAGGUCAAUGUGAAGCUCGCUAGAUCCGAAGCUAAGACACUUCACAAGAAGAUAACUGAGAAGGCUUACACUGAUGAGGAUCUCAUCAGGAUCUUGACAACAAGGAGCAAAGCUCAAAUCAACGCAACGCUCAAUCACUUCAAGGACAAGUUCGGAAGUUCCAUUAGCAAGUUUCUGAAGGAAGAUUCGAACGACCAAUAUGUUCAACUUCUCAAAACCGCGAUCAAAUGCUUGACAUAUCCAGAGAAAUACUUUGAGAAGGUUCUACGUCGAGCCAUCAUCAAGAUGGGAACAGAUGAGUGGGCACUUACUAGAGUGGUCACUACACGAGCUGAGGUCGACAUGGAGAGGAUCAAAGAAGAAUACUUACGCAGGAACAGCGUACCUCUUGAUCGAGCCAUUGCUAAUGACACUUCUGGUGACUACAAGGACAUGCUUCUCUCUCUUCUCGGGCAUGGCCAUGCUUGAAACAACAUCACCGUUUCAUUGUCUUCUAUAAAUCCAGUUGUGAUUGUGUUUUUUUGUUUUUUUUUCAUUUUCUUGAACUUUGAUCCUAAUUAGUUUUCUCGUUUUAUCGCA